AAUCAGCCUGUGAUGCAUGCUGGGUAAGAAGCUGUGUCCAUCUCUGAUUAUUAGUGUCAGAGGACCCAGAGUGCUACGGUGAGGGCUCAUCAUCCGCAGCUUGCAAUUGAAAGACUUGUAAACAGAUACACACGCGGUCUAAAAAUAAUGCUGAUAUUAUAAUAACGUUCAGGGACCGCCCAGCCAGAAAACACAGCGAUUUCCCCUCAGCCAGACCAACUUGGCAUUCUGAGUACAAGCUCACAGGGGAGGGGCCGGGCUUCUCCAUGCAGGAACUGGAGUCAGAGGCUUCCCCUGCUGCCUGCAGGGAGAGAGAGCAUUAGGAAUGCCUCUCAGUAACUGGUUUCCUGAGGUAUCUGAAGUUAGACACACAGCCUGGAGCAAUCUGAACACAUCGCCCCCGCAGCUCUGCAGGAAUCAGGAUGCAGGCCAAAUACAGCAGCACGAGGGAUAUGCUCGAUGAUGACGACACCACCAUAAGCCUGUAUUCUGGAGCUUCCACUGUCACCAGACGUGCAGAUCCCAGGCAUUCAGAGAAUGACACUCCCUCUUCAGUUUGGCGCCCAGUGGCCCUGACCCUGCUGACCUUGUGUUUGGUGCUACUUGUUGGCCUCGCAGCCCUGGGCCUUGUGUUUUUUCAGUUCUACCAGCUCUCCAAUACCCAGCAAGACAGCAUCGCUGAAAUGGAUGAAAGGCUGGGGAACAUAUCCCGACAGCUGCAGUCCCUCCAGAUGCAGAACAGAAGACUCAUAGAAACCCUACAGCACGUAGCUGUAAAACUGUGUCGUGAACUUUAUAACAAAAGUGGAGGACACAGAUGCAGCCCUUGCCCAGAAAAAUGGAAGUGGCAUGAGGACAAAUGUUACCAGUUCUAUAAAGAGAGCAAAAACUGGCAGGGCUGUGAAUAUUUCUGCUUGGCUGAAAAUGCCACCAUGCUGAAGAUAAGCACACAGGAAGAGCUGGAUUUUGCCAUGCCUCAGAGCUACUCUGAGUUUUUCUACUCUUAUUGGACAGGGCUCUCCCGCAAUGGCAGUGGCAAAGCGUGGCUGUGGACAGAUGGGACACCUUACUCCUUUGAACUGUUUGAGAUUAUAAUAGAUCCCACCAACCAAAGGAGCAGGGACUGUAUGACCAUCUUCAACGGAAAGGCUUUCUCAAAGGACUGCAAAGAGCUGAGGAGGUGUGCCUGUGAGCGGAUGGCAGGGAGGGUGGUACCUGAGCUGCUCCAGUAGGUGGCAUCAAACAUUUAGCAGAGGAAGUCAACAGGGCAGCUUCAACCACCAGCCAAAGGACUGAGUCAAGUGAGGCCAACGCAAUGGAUAUUCGAAGCUUUGGGAAACAGAGAAGCAGUUGCGGGGACUGGUACUUGAGAGGUUCUCCUCAUUCUGGCUCAGCAUCAUCCAUACCUGAGCGCCGGUUCUUGCACACUUUUACCGGUCACAAAGAUUUUUAUGAAGCACCAACUAGCCUCAGUAGGCUAGAGCAUUUUCCUCCUUGAUUUACAGAAGGCUUUUAGAUGUCUCCCAGUGACUGUUUUCACCGUUUCCCAUGUCUCCUUUACACUAGGAAAAGAGACACAUAAGAAAAUAGAGGGGGUGAUACGAAGCCACUCACUGUGUGUGGUGGUGUCUACACAAGUCUUGGUGCCUUCCAGCUUUCAGCACUUUGAUAGUGGAGGCAAGACAAGAAAAGUUUAAGGCCACUCACAGCUAUAUAGAAAGGAGGCCAUCCUUGGUUAUAUGAGGAUCUCUUCUCAAACAGCAAAAAGGAACAAAAGAACAAGAGAGUUGAAAGAAAGAAAGAAAGAAAGAAAGAAAGAAAGAAAGAAGGAAAGAAAGAAGGAGAAAGGAGAAAAACAAAACAAAUCAGAGAAUAGAGAAAAAAAGUGGGGUCCUUUGGAGUCCUCUGUCCUAACAGGAAGUCCAAGAGAAACUGGCAGAUGUCCCACUCCUGGACUGUUAUACACAGCUAAUUCUUUUUGUUUCCAGUUCACACUUUGCCUUUCCAAGGCUCUCAAUUGCUUCACCUGCUACACCGCUGAUCAUCUUUCCAGUCGAACUGACUCUCAUUGUGUCAAUCUCCAGUCCAUCGUUAUGUCCUUCCCCAAUCAUGUUUCCUAGGAAAGAGAUGAUCUCACCU